AAGGACAGCCGGGCUCCCGGGGAGGCUUUUCCCAUCACCGGUCACAGCGCUCGCUCUCGGGAGCUGCAGCGGAGCCAGCUCAGCGCAGCUCCGGAGGAAACUGCCGGGAAAAGGCAUCCGGGUGACCCGCUGGGCCGAGGCGGCUCCCGGCUGGGGGGAGCACUGGGCGCGGCCUCCCGGCACGGGCCCGCGGCUCCGCGCUGCCGCCCGGCGCAGGAGCGGCCCCGCGGGCGCUGCGCUGGGCCCGGCCCGGCCCGGCGGCUGCCCGCGCCAUGGCGGGAGCGGGGGGACCCGUGCCUGACAGGAAGCGCGGCGGCCGGCGCUGCGCGGGCGGGCUCGGCCCUCGCCGUCCCUUCCGCCCCCGGCCGCGCUCCGCCCGCGCCGCCCGGCCGCUGGCGGCGGCCCCUCAGGUGUGCGCGGCGCGGAGCGGGGCGGCGCUGCGCUCCCCUCGCCGCCCGGCCCGGCCGCCGCAGCUGCUCGGCGGGCCUGUCACGUGGGGCAGUGGCGCUGCGGUCUGUUCUCCGCCACCUGCCCCGGAGCGGCAGCCCGGGCCGGCCAUGGGGCCGCCGCCGCGCCGGGCGCCCGCUCCACUCCCGGCUCCCCGGCGGGCGGGGGCACCGCGGGCCGGCGGCGCCGCCGGCGACUCCUGCGGCUCGGCGUAGCGGCUCGGCGGGUGCGGAGCCGCCGCGCUUCCCCCCGCGCUGAAGGGCAGGCGACAGCGACCCGCCAUGGAGAAGGCAGCGGGCGCGGAGCUCCGUCAGGGCGCGCUGGCGCCGCUCACUGCCAUCUGCCUGGUGAAUCUCCUCCUGACUGGGAAGAUAGAAAGUGCUGUUACCUCAUUAGCUGCUUGCAGUGGAGAACUGGAACAGCACACGGAGAGACGGGGAGUCAUCUAUAGUCCUUCUUGGCCAUCCAACUAUCCUCCAGCCAUAAACUGCAGCUGGUACAUCCAAGGAGAUCAUGGAGAUAUGAUAACAAUUAGUUUUAAGAACUUUGAUUUGGAAGACUCUCAGAAGUGUGCAGUAGACUGGCUGAUGAUUGGCCCGUCUUCCAAGAGGGAGGAGUACAAAGUGUGUGGAUCUUCCAUACCUCCAUCUUUCAUCUCUGCAAGGGACCAUGUGUGGAUCUUUUUUCACUCAGAUGCAUCAAGCUCAGGACAGGCUCAGGGAUUUCGCCUUUCUUAUAUUAGAGGAAAGAUAGGUCAGUCUGUGUGCCAGUCAGAUGAAUUUCACUGUGCAAACGGGAAGUGUAUUCCCAGUACCUGGAAGUGUAAUUCCAUGGAUGAGUGUGGUGAUAACUCAGAUGAGAAGAAUUGCACUAUCCCUCCAACAGACCCUCCCUCCAGCAUCUGUCCCUCAGGAAUGUUUCAGUGCAGCACAGGGCACUCCACCAAAUGCUUGCUGAACGAGCUCAGAUGUAAUUCAGUUAAAGACUGUGGUGACGGUUCUGAUGAAGAUAAUUGUCCUGAUCUUUCCUGUGGCAAAAGGCUGGGGAAUUUCUAUGGAUCCUUUGCUUCCCCAGACCUAUUCCGUGCUGACCACAGCAGGUCUGACCUGCGUUGCACGUGGUAUGUGGACACACAGGACAAUCGGCACGUUCUGCUGCAGCUGGAUUUGCAGUUAGGCUACAAUGACUAUGUAAAGGUGUACGAUGGCAUCGGAGAGAGAGGUGAUAAAUUAAUGCAGACGUUUUCACACCACAACAACAGGCACUCUGUGAGUGUGGAGUCAUCCAAGGGCCAGCUCACUGUCUCGUACCAUGCCCGCUCCAAGAGCACUGGCCAUGGAUUCAAUGCAACGUAUCAGGUGAAAGGCUACUGCCUUCCUUGGGAGCACCCUUGUGGAAGUGAUGAGGAGUGUUUCACAGAUAAGCAGCAUUGUGAUGGCUGGUGGCAUUGUCCAAACGGCAAGGAUGAGGAGAACUGUCCUGCUUGCCAGAAGAAUGAGUACCCAUGUGAAGGAAACAGUGGGCUUUGUUACUCAAUACUUGACCGCUGUAAUAACCAGAAGAACUGUCCAGAUGGCUCAGAUGAAAAAAACUGCUUUACUUGCCAGCCAGGAAAUUUCCAUUGUGGGACAAAUCUGUGCAUCUUUGAGACUUGGCGCUGUGAUGGCCAAGAAGACUGCCAGGAUGGAAGUGAUGAACGGAACUGCCUGGUGAUUGUUCCCAGGAAGGUCAUCACAGCUGCUCUGAUUGGGAGUCUCGUGUGUGGCUUGCUGCUAGUGAUAGCACUGGGUUGUGCAUUUAAACUAUAUUCUCUGAGGACCAGGGAGUACAGAGCAUUUGAGACGCAGAUGACGCGGCUGGAGGCAGAGUUUGUGCGGCGGGAAGCUCCACCCUCCUACGGACAGCUGAUUGCACAAGGACUCAUCCCCCCAGUGGAAGACUUCCCUGUGUACAAUGCAUCACAAGUAUGCAGACACAUGCCAGCCUCGGUGCUGCAGAACCUCCGGACAGCCAUGCGCAGGCAGAUGCGGCGCCACUCGUCCCGGCGCGGCUCGUCGCGGCGCCGCCUGGGCAGGCUCUGGAGCAGACUCUUCCACAGGCCUCGGGUGAGAGGCCAGAUCCCCCUGCUGACACCUGCCCGCACCUCGCAGACCACGCUGGGAGAUGGCAUCAUCAGCAGUGCUGAUGGGGCUGUUGGGGGUCCCCCGCCGUCCCCAGAAGGACCCGGUUCAGAGGCAAAUGGCCAAGCCAGGGGCCCACAAGAAGCUGGAUGUAGCAGCUUGCAGCCAGAGACUGAAAUUACAGAGCCAUCGCCUUCCAACAUCUUCCAGCCAAAUACUUGCACAGCAGCACAUGCAGAGCCUGAGGCUGGACACACCAAUAAAUCUUUAAGUGCUGACUCUGACAGAGAGCUUAAGCAGUCCAGUAAAGCAGAUACAGGAAAGGCUUUCAGAGAUCCUUUGUCUGAAAGUGUUACAGAAACGAUCCAUGGAGGGUCAGUAUCCAGGAGGACUGUCCCAGAGGACAGUAGUUUAAGUGGAAGCCAUCCACUGAGUGAAGAUCCAUGUAGAUUACCCUUAAAAAAGUGGGAGUCUGGUUAUCCAGACAGCCCUGUGAAUGUUCAUAUCCAAGUGAAUGGACAAAACCAAUGUUGCCCUGACUCGUACCAGGAGGAGCCUUUGGGUGUUCAUGCAGCUUGUUGCCAUUCUGUGGAAGUGCCAAUGUUACAGUCAUCUACUUCCCUCUCUGAAAACAAUACCAGUGAUGAUGAAUCUUUACUUGUUUGCUAAUAAAAAUUUUUGUUUUGUCCACGUAAA